UUUUGCAAAUGGACACUCGCGUUAUUAUUAUUACUUUGAAAAAAAAACAUGGAAAUCGACGAAGCUAGAACCCCGAACCGGAGCUACCCAAGGUUCCACCCACCGAAGUUAGUUUCUCCAAUCCAUUCGGUUCAACAAAACCCCACACCUUUCUCCUCCAAAUUUCGAGAAAAAUGAUGAGGCUGCAGACAUAUGCCGGUCUUAGUUUAAUUGCCACUUUGGCUCUUACAUAUCAUGCAUUUAACAGUAGAAGCCAGUUUUAUCCAGCAAUGGUUUAUUUGGCAACUUCCAAGAUCAGUUUGGUGCUUCUUCUCAACAUGGGUUUGGUUAUCAUGUGUGUUUUAUGGCAGUUAACCAAAAAGUUGUUUCUUGGUUCACUCCGUGAAGCCGAGGUUGAGAGGCUUAAUGAGCAAUCGUGGAGGGAGGUUAUGGAAAUCCUCUUUGCAAUUACUAUCUUUAGGCAGGACUUCUCUAUUACAUUCCUUACUAUGGUUACAGCAUUAUUGUUGAUUAAGGCUUUGCAUUGGUUGGCUCAGAAAAGAGUAGAGUAUAUAGAGACUACACCUUCUGUGUCUGUGUUGUCUCAAGUUCGAAUAGUUUCUUUUAUGGGUUUCCUUCUUCUUCUGGAUGGUAUAUUUUUGUAUAGUUCAUUGAAGCAUUUACUUGUCACACAGCAGGCGUCGGUUUCACUCUUCUUUGCUUUCGAGUACAUGAUAUUGGCAACAACAACGGUGUCAAUUUUUGUAAAAUAUAUUUUCUAUGUCAGUGACAUGCUUAUGGAGGGACAGUGGGAAAGGAAACCAGUCUUCACGUUUUACUUGGAACUUGUCAGGGACUUGCUUCACUUGUCUAUGUAUCUGUGCUUCUUUCUUGCAAUUUUCAUAAAUUAUGGCGUUCCUUUGCAUUUAAUAAGGGAGCUCUAUGAGACAUUUAGGAACUUCAAAAUUCGUAUUACAGAUUACAUACGUUAUCGUAAGGUCACUUCUAACAUGAAUGACUGGUUUCCAGAUGCAACCACCGAAGAGAUCAAUGCAAAUGACGCAACCUGCAUCAUCUGUCGUGAAGAGAUGACUACUGCGAAGAAACUCAGAUGUGGUCAUUUUUUUCAUGUUCAUUGUCUCCGAUCAUGGCUGGAGCGGCAGCAUACUUGCCCUACCUGCAGAGCACUGGUUGUCCCAUCAGAAAAUGGGACAACUUCUGCUGAGGGGCAGCAAAGAUCACAGUCAGAUGCUCAUGGGGCAGGUACUGGAAGCUCAGCUCAAACUGAGGUUGGAAAUGGAGUGGGAUGUGAUAGUUUGAGUCGGCAUCAAGCAAGACUUCAAGCUGCUGCAGCAGCAGCUUCAAUAUAUGAGAAGUCUUAUGUUUACCCUUCUCCAACCUUUGCAUGCUCCCCUGGCUAUACUCUUUAUCCCCCGGUUCAAGGAUCUAUGGUUGAAACAUCCAAUGCUAAGCUUGAUGGAGAACAAGUUUCCAGUGAGCAAGAAGCACAGAAGCAGUUUGUGAUCCCUGGUGGACCAAUGAAUGCAUCCUCUUUUCCAGUGCAAAACUUCUAUUUCCCACCAUCUCAAUCACAUGCUGCCCACAUGACUUAUGGAGAGGGGUUUGUAGCUCUAAAAAAGCUCCCAUACGAGAAGACAAAUGUUGACAAAAGUGUAGGCGAGAACACUUCAUUAUCAGACAGUAAAGGCAAGCACAUUGCUACCCCUUCAUCUGUAGCAAGUCACGAUGAGAGUGAAGACAACAAAGCAUAAUAUUUUUGCUAUACCAUGCGGCAACCGCCUUAUGUAUAUUUAUAUAUAGGAAAAGGUAGCAUGCAGAGCUUAGUUGCAGUGUUUUUCAGUUUAUUUUACAUAUCCUAAAAACUGUUUUUAGUUUGUUUCAAUAAGCUCCUUAGAAGAGUGUAUGAAUUUCUUUUAUUAACUUUUCUGAAAAUUAUUUAAUUAGAUUCCUUCCUUGAUUAUAAGAAUAA